AUGUAUGGCUCCGGUCGGGUCAGGUGCACGCUAAACCGCAACGGGCUAGCGGGUGCCCUAGCCGAGCCCACAGCUGGAACUGCACAACGAAACGGAAGCAAAAUUGAAUCGCAUUUCGAGAAACCCGGCAACGACAACAGCGACUUCGACAAUCCCCCAAACCUCUCGUCCCUGUCGAGUUUCUGCUCCUUUUCUCGCUCGCAGAUUCUCGCCGCUGGUGAUUCAACCUUCUCGUCAAUCCCACUCACCGCAAUCAUGGCCGAUACUCCCGUUACCCUGCGGACUCGCAAGUUCAUCCGCAACCCCCUGCUCGCCAGAAAGCAGAUGGUCGUGGACGUCCUCCACCCCAACCGGGCUAAUGUCUCCAAGGACGAGCUCCGCGAGAAGCUCGCCGAGCUGUACAAGGCCAACAAGGACCAGGUCUCCGUCUUCGGUUUCCGCACUCAGUACGGUGGUGGCAAGAGCACUGGCUUCGCCCUCGUCUACGACUCCCACGAGGCCCUGAAGAAGUUCGAGCCUCACUACCGCCUGGUCCGCAUCGGUGCCGCUACUAAGAUCGAGAAGGCCAGCAGACAGCAGCGCAAGCAACGGAAGAACCGUUCCAAGAAGUUCCGCGGUACCGCCAAGACCAAGGGACCCAAGAAGAACAAGGACUAA